GCAAAAAAGAAGUCGAAAAUUAGGUGAGGAAUCAAAGCAGCAGUUGCCGGUCGGGCAAUGGCGGGGUCGGGAGCCUUAGUUGGCACGGGCUAUCCGGGAAAUGGCAGGAAAACCGGUCAUCAACGUCGGGUUCGUCUCGAAUUUCAGGGCAGGAUCACUCGGUAGGAACAAGGAAGACUCGCGCGGACGGACGGGUGGAUGGAGAGCGCAGUCUCAAUGGCGGAGACGCGACGGGAUGCGUCGAAGUCGAAUGCAGUCGCUGGUAUCGAGGGUCACCGGGGUGAGGCUGACGGUGGCAGGCGACAGCCUAUACAGAAAGGCUGGGCGAACGGUGGGUUUUAGAUCAGCCGGGCGGGCGCAACAAAGGUCAGGCACAGGCGCGAGACACAGGCGUUCCACCACAGAGGUCGAAGCAAAGCGUCACGGCGACAGGAACGGGAUGGGCCGAUGGGACUGGCCUGGAUCAAACAAGACGCGCUUGGUGGAUAAGGACAGAAAACGGCGUCUGGUCGCCGCCAGCAAACUCGGGGCUCGAGAUGCUUGGCGGGCGGUGAUGAGCUCAGGCCCCAGCGGCGGUGCCUGAUUGGCCAAUGCGCUGACUCAGCGUCUGGCACGUGCUGCCUGCUCUUCACUCUUCGCCAGGACGGAGUGGGAAGUCCAACUGGUCACGGCUGGCAGGUCGAUUCACUCGGGCGUCAACACGCUCACUGGGCUACAGGCUUGAAGCAACCCGGGCUACGCGGUCGUUGACCGCUACAACUCCCCACUGGCCCAUUGUCCAAUCACC